AUGCCGCCGCCGCGCCUGUCCGAGCCCCGCGCGCGCUCGCGCGUCGCGGCGCCGACGACGUCGACGACGUCCGCGGCCAUAGUGGAGGCGGCGAAGACGAUACGCGACGUCCUCGCGAGAGGCCUCGAGCCGCGCGUCCCCAAGCGCGAUGCCGCGUCGUCGAAAGAGAACGCCGUCCCGACGCGCGGCGCGCCGCUGCUCGCAAAGUUCCGCGAGAUGCAAGCGGACCGCGCGGAGCAAGACCGCGUCGUCGCCGCCCUCCGCGCGAUGAUCCUGAAGAACGCGUCCGCGGCGGGCGCGCCGACGACCGACGCCGCGAUCGACGCGGAGGUGAACGCCGCGCUCUUCCCAGGCGUGCGCGUGGACGCGAACGACCCGUCGCGAACCAUCGCGCCGGGCGCGUCUCGAGAGAUGCUCAUGCGCGAGGUCAGGCUCCUUCGCGCCGCGCGCGCGAAGGGCGCGGUGACGGAGAUGACGGACGGCCCGAAGCGCUUGGGCGGCGGCGGCGAGUACGCCGCGCGCGCGGAGCUGCAGCGCGUCGCGAAGGCGUUGGAAGACAUCGCCGUCGCCGCGUCGUUGGACGCGGACGUCGACGACGAGACGAAAGCCGCCGCCGCCGCCGCCGCGUCGAGGCGUCGCGCCGCCGGCGGCGGCGUCGCGGCGGGCGGCGCCGGGCGCAGGAAGUCCGUCCCAGGAGGACGCGCGCGGGCGCCGGUCGCGACGCCGCCGCCGCGAAGACAUUCUUCGGGAGGACCCACGCCGCCGGGCUCCGAAGGCGCGCGAACGCCCACCGCGGGAACCGACGCUUUCAGCCACGGCGCGCUCGCGCUCGUGGAGGUCGAGGCGCGCCUGCGGAGGCAGCUCGAGUCGCAGUCCGCGAAACUCGAGGACGCGCAGCGACGGAUGGACGAGGCGCGCGCCGCCGAAUCGGAGCGCGAGGCGCGGGAAUCGCGCGCGAGCGCGGACGCGGCGAAGCGCGCCGUCGAAGCCGCCGACGCGAGAGCGGCCGCGGCGGAGGCGCGAGCGAAGGACGCGCACGCGAUCGCGGACGCGAAAGCGCGCGCCGCGGAGGCGGUCGCGGAGGCGAGAGCGAACGCGGCGGCGACGGAGGCGAAAGCCGCGGCGGCGGUGGCGGAGACGAACGCGAAGGCGAACGCGGAGAUGGAGCUGUUGAAGCGUUCGGCGACGCUCGAACGCGCGGCGUCGCGACGCGCGUACGAAGAGAUCUCUGCGUCGAUGGCGAUGACGCCGCGGUCGCCGAUGCCGAUGGGGUUUCCUCCCGCGACGCCCACGACGCCCGGCGCGGACUCCGCGACGUACUACGAACGCGGCGGCGGCGAGUUCGGAACGACGACGCCGUUCGCGGCCAAGGACGUCGUCGACGACGUCGUCGACGAACUCCGCGCGGAGAUCGCGCGCGAAGUCGACAGGGAAGAGAAGAACGAGAAGCUCAAGCGCGAGCUCGACGCGCUGCACGAGAAGACCGUGAUGGAUUCGAAGCAUCGCGACGCCGCGCUCGUCGCGCGCAUGACGGCGACGAUCGCCGACAUCUCGCGAUCGUCCGCGGACGCGCAAGUUAAGCGCACGCGCGCGGCGUUGGAGGAGGCGCUGAGCGAAAACCUGUCGGCGCACGCGGCGACCGCGGCGGAGAACGCGAAGAAACUCGAGGAGGACAUCGCGGCGACGCGCGACGAAGCGCGGCGCGUCGCGGACAGGCUGGCGGCGAUGGACGCGACGCAGCGGGACGCGUCUCUCGCGGCGACCGCCGCGGUGGGCGACGCGACCACCGCGGUGAAGGAGACGCGCGCGCUGCAGCGGAAGCUCGUCGCCGCGCAGAUGGACGCUAAACUAGGGUGGCAAGAGGUGCAGAAGCUGCACCUCGCGAAGAUGGAGCGGCUCGCCGGGAAGCUCGGUCGGUUGGACGAGCGAGAGCGCGACCUCGCGAACGAGCUCGCGGAGACUCGCGUGCGGUUGGAGGUGGAAACGCGCGAGCACGCGCGCGCGAGGGAAGCGAUGGAGCGCGUCGCGAUCGACCUCGAAGCGGAGCGCGCGGCGCGGCGAGACGCCGAAUUAAGCGCCGCGAAGGCGGCGCACGCCGCCGCCAACGCGCGCGACGCGGCGACGCGCGAGAUAUCCAAGGCGCGCGAGGACGCGAGCCGCGCGGUUGCUCAGAACCGCGCGCGAUUCGAGUCGUUCGCCGCGGGCGGCUCGAUGACGCGCGCGGCCGCCGCGCAGGCGGCGAUCAUCGAAUCGCUUCACGGGGAGCUCGCGGAGAGCGAGCGGCGGACGAGCAGCGUGGAGGCGGAUCUGUUUGAGUCGAUGCGACGGCUGCGAGGAUACGCGGGGGAUUUGUCCGCGGCGCGGUCGGAGCUCGUGAUGUUACGCGCGGAGUUGGCGCGGCGACGCGCGGACGACGCGAGGAGGGCGAAGGCGCGCGGCGGCGGGAAAGGCGUCGGCGCGGCGUUCGAGCCGGGCGUCGCGCCGGACGACGAGACGGGCACGCCGCGCGGGGACGACGACGAAGACGACGUCGGAGCGGCGAGCGGCGGGGGCGCGUCCGCCGCGAACGCGAUGGACGCGUCGCCGGACACGAAGAAGGCGAUGGCGGCGAGCGAGGACGCGCGGCGGACGCUCGUGGAGCUCACGGGCGGCGCGGAGAGCGACUUUUACGACGAGCGAUGA